AUGUCGGACAAUCCGCAGCAGCCGUCCAAUACCCAGCCAGCCGGUCAGUCCGACAAUGCAGCUCCCGCUGAUGCGCGCGCACAGGCUGCCCCCGCACCACCGGCAGCACGACCCUUGCGAGGCAUGGCUUCGAUGCGAGGCGCAGCUUCGCUCCGUGGCGGCCUCGGUCGCGGCGCCUCCGUCUCUUCCAGCGCAUCGAUGGUGCCAUCCAGAUCUUCAUACGCCUCGCCUGCCCCUGGUGGUGCAGCGGGUUCCGCCGGACCAGGCUCGGGCGUCCGCAUGCAAUUCCGUCCAGUCAUGCCGCAGCGUCGUAAGGCAUCCGCAUCGCCAGCGCCAACAUCAUCGGCAGCUGCCGAAUCUUCCACAGCAUCGCCUCUCGCUACACCGGGCUCCACAGGCGGAUCAACGAGAGGCGGUGGCCGAGGUCGCGGCCGAGGUGGCGCACGACCGCCUCGUCAACCAACGCAGAUGACCGCAUCGGGACCCUUUGCUCUGGGACCAUCUGCCCGUCCCACCGGCAAGAAGGUCGCUCCCAUCGGGCCCGGUGGAUCGAGCCUCACUCCAGCACCAGGCUCCGACUCCCAGCGCAGCAGCACCACCCCUAAACCCGACCCCGACCGCGCCUCGUAUCGAAACCCAGACAAGCUCAAGGACGCCGAGCAGUACUCCGACCCGGAAGAUGGCGGCGUCGAGAUCGUCGACAUGGACGAAGUACACAUCCUGGACGAGCUCGCACCGCGUGCGUUGCCGCGAGUGGCCGAGAAGGCCAGCAAGAAGGACAAACAGAAGGCCGCCGAUGCGCGCCAAAAGAAGAUGGACAAUCGCCUCGCCAAGGACGAGCGCGACGCGGGCGCUGUUCGCGUCAAGUCCGAAGACGACGAAACCAUGCCGGAUCUGCAGCCAGGCGCCUCGUCGUCGUUGCAUACUUCCGGCGCUUCGACCGCCAUCUCGAGCGCAUCGGUGUCUCCGCAGCCAGAGGAAGAGGAAGAAAGAGGCAAAACAGCUGAUGCGCUCGAUCUGAGCGAAAGCGAGGGCGAGGAGCUCAUGGACGACCUCGUGGAUGAUUUCGUCUUCCAUGACGAUGACGAUGCCAGUCCCGAGAACCGCCUCUACCUCUUCCAGUUCCCACAGCUCUUCCCCAAGUUCAAGACACCGAAGAAGUCGGAUAUUGCUGCAGCGGAUGCGGCUGCGGCACCGGAGGCCAGCGAAGGCCAAGAAUCUUCGUCCUCCAAGAGGCGCAGCGUCUCGUUUGCUGAAGGAACCACGGGUGGCGCGGGCAAAGCACGCCCGACGUCGGUCAAGGAUGAAGUGGCUCCCAGCUCCGAGAUUGACGAUGAUUCGGAUGCGGCGGAUUCGGAGGAAGACGACAAGAAGCGCGACACGAAGCGUGGCGGCCGAUCGAGCAGCAAGGAGGGUCUGGUGGGCAAGCUCAAUGUCUACCGCGAUGGACGUGUGUUUUUGCACUUUGGCGAGCUGGUGAUGGAGGUGACUGGUGGCUCGCAAAGCACCUUCCUCCAACAGGUGAUGCUGCUUGAUCCGAGCAAUCGAACCGCCACGGCGCUCGGCGAACUCCACCGCAAGUUCAUCGUGAGCCCAGAACUCGACUGCAUGCUCAACGACAUCAACCUCUACGACCAGGAACAGCUUGUCGAGCAGCAGCGAAUCAAGAAAGAACAGGAGGACAAGGAGGAAGCCGACAGACUCAAGUACGGCGCCUCCGCUGCUAGCUUCAAUGCCAUCGGCAGGUAG